UAGAGCGCGAUUUUGACUACAUUGCUUUAAGAAGUUUGGUAGUGUUCUCCUGUAAUCAAAUGCUAGGUUUUAGUGAGUCUUCGUUUAUUUUUUAGUUCAAUGUUGGCUUGUGGUUUUGGUCUAUUUCAUAUCUGACACUCCUGUGAUUCUGUAUGAACUAGUUAUUUCUUCAUGGGUUUUACGUCAUCUAUUUCAGUUAAGCGUUCAAUGAAAGCUAUUAAGGUGGAUCAGGUUACAACACGAUUUGAUGGACGAAAUUUCCCUUUAUGGGAAUUUCAAUUCCACAUUUUUGUCUGCGGUAAGAAAUUACUUCCAAUUUUUUAAGGACUCGAAAAAACCUGAUGAAUCUAAUCAGACAAUUGACUCCCUUCAUAGCUCUAUAGAUGGUGUUGUUGCCUUUGCUACAACGGCUUACAAGUCACAAUAUGCUUAAUUGUUUCAUCCUGUUAUACUUGUAGGUGCUUAAGAAAGUGUGGAAUAAGGAUCCAGUUGCUUAUGAGCAAUUAGAUAAGAUUGAUUUUUGGAUUAUGGAAGAAGAACCACAUGCAUAUAUAAAUUAUGAGGAGAUUGAAAGAACUCUUUAUGAGGGGGAGCAGGAGGAGGAAGAAGAGGAAUCAUCAUCAUCCUCAAGAAAGCGACAUCGUGUACAAGGUUGGCUUAUAAGUUAUAUUAUUAUAUUUUAAAAGCAAAUAUAUUCUUCAUACAAUAAUGAACUUGUCAUUGAUCAUGAAUAUUUGGUUUGAUGGUUUUGGUGCAGAGGAAUUUGAUUAUAAUGUGCUUUAUGAGAUUGAUUUUCGACAUUUCUUAGGAUGUUUGACUUUGAAGCAAUAGUGAUGGAGAUUGAUGACUUUAUUUUUUAGUAAAAUAAUUAAUUUUAUAUACUUUUUAACUCUUGAUGUACUAGUAAAUGUACUAUUAAUUUAGAAAUGAAAUAAAAUACUCUUACUUAUUUUAUAUGUAACUUACUCACAUCGUAUUUUAGUAACAAGAUGUCAAAAAAAAAUCAUAUUUUAGUAACAAUGCAUACUAUACUUAACCCAUUCACAUAUCAUCCAACAAAGUUAACCGUAAGGGGUCGUUUGGAUUGGGGAAUCUAUGCAGGGAUUCUACCACAAUUUCUAGUCAUUAGGGAUUUUAUCAUAAUCCUUCGUUUGGAUAGGAAUAAAAGAAUUAGGUAUUUUAGCAAUAGGAAUUUUGAAAACCCUGAUGUUAAGAAAUUUGAAAUAGCUAAUUACCCCCAAGUAUUUCUAAAUCCCUCAUCUUAUUUAAUUUUUUCCCAAUCUAUGCCCCUCUUAUCCCAGUUCCUCUUUACGAUCCUUCCCUUCUCCCUUUCUGUCCCUAUACGAGAUCAAGCAAGCUCGCAAGGCUACGACGCGCAUCUCGUUGGCUAUUUCAAUGGAGUUUGACUAGCUCCGAUCUACAACAACAAUGGCGGUCUGAUUUGGGGGAUCUCCUCAAAUCGAUAGAGGGAUUUUCUAGGUGGGCUGUUUCGGGUAUUUCAUCAUGGGCAUCUCGCAAAAACUGCCGCAGACUCCAAGCUCCUGCCGAAGCCGACAUCGAUUUCUGGGUCCCAUCGACGACGAAGAGAGGGGAAGGGAGGCAGAUCUAGAGCUAGCGGCGCAGCCACAUCUUUCAUCUCUGGUUCUUUGCGACGAUGAGAGUCGAGAAAGAGGAGAGUGAGCGAACAUCUCCCAUAUCUGAUUCUCACCGGCCGCUCUACGUCUCUAGUUCUGAUGCUCACUGGCGCCGCUCUCCGUCAAAUGGGUUCAAGGUGUUCCUCUACCGGAUUGAGUGAGUUCACCAGCCUUAGCAUAGUCGCCGGUCCUCCGCGAGUUCACUGGCAAUUAACGAAGCCACCGGCGAUCGCCAAAUUAUCAAGGUCGCCGGCCUUCCAAUCAAUGUUUUGUUCAGGAAGCAGAUAUCGGGAGAGGAGGAAGAAGAUAAGUGGGUAAAAUGGUCUUUACACAUUUUGAGCCCAAAUUCCUCAUGUAUUACCAAACAAGUUAACUGGCCCAAAUUCCUCAUUAAAAUUAUCUAGGUUUUUAAGUCAGAGAUUUGAUAUCAAAUCCUUGAAAAAUCUCUCAAAAUCAAUUUCCUGAUCCAAACGACCCCUAAAAGUCAGUAUUGGUUGCCGCUAAUUGCCUUGGUUUGGAUGGAAAGGAAGAAAAAAUGGGUCGCCCAAGUGAAGUACGCUCCCAUUAUACAAAGUGGAAAGGGUUUGUUGGAAUUGUCGACAAAUUAUAUCUACAGUAUAAUUUAUAGUGGAAACUUAAAACUGCCACCACCAUUCAAAAAUCCCUGUACGUAGAGUGAUUUGUGGAAGCUGACGUGGCCGGGUAUUCACGGGCUCCGGCUACCGCUUCAAUUUCUCCUCAAGUUCUUUUCAGUCGCAAAAUUGCUUUUUGUCAUUUAAGUAUUAUGCUAUCUCAAAUCUCCUCCAUUAACCGUACCUCCAACGCCACCCGACAGAAGCUUGCCGUCGAAAUCGUCCUGCAACUCUCCUCCCUCCUCCACCCGCCCUAUAGCCAGAGUUGCCUUCCCCUGCCUCUGAAUCCCCAACUGCUUUACCCUCGGCCCCCGUUAACCACCCAUCGUCGAUUCCCAUUUCUUCUUGAAUUGAACUUGAGGACGGUAACCACACAGCGACCCCCUUACCGUUCCACCGUCGUCACGUUCCCAAAUUUGGAUUUCAGAGUCUUUGUUCCGCAUCAUAGUCUUUCAUCGUCGGCGAUACCUAGCCUCCUCCUUCCGUCAACUGGAUUUGGGGUCGCUGCUCUUUGUUCCUUCCAACUGGGUUUGAGAGAUACGUGGGGGUUCGUCACCAUUGGGUUACCGUUGGGAUGAUAAUAAUUAAUAGGUAAUCCUCAUAUCCAAUCUCGCACUCUUUUCUCUAUCCCUUGCUUCCAUAUCAUCUUCUCUAUCGACUUACUUAGGUUUCGUCGCAGUUGUUGUGUUUAUUAGCCUUUCUCUCGCGACAUAUUGCUCUGUUCAAGUUGCUUGCAUGUCAGUGGCCAUGGCUUGCUUCAUAUGCCUUCUAAUCGGGAUCUACAUUUUGUUUGCUUCUGUUUGUUCAGGUUAUCUAUUGGCAUUUACCUCCGGCUUCAAUUUGGCGUUCAAUCUAUUAAGCUAAUGUGAACGAAAUUUCAGAACUGUACUUUCAGGACUGAAAGAGAACAAGAGUGUGUCGAAGUGUGUGUCAAGUCUUAAGAUUGUGGUAGGAUUCCACGACUUGCAUUUCAGCUGUGAAGUUAGUUGUCAGUGGGUGGAGUCAAGCGUUCAUCUUCAAAUGCAUAGUUUUUUGAAACCAUUGUGGUGGGAUUUCAGAUGGGGUGUUGUUGGUUGAGCAAGAUGGUACCUUCCAGUUUCAUAGAGGUGACAUUCCAAGUAAGCUCUCCUUUGCCAUUUUCAUGUUUUGACAUAGUAAGUUCUCAUCUUCCUAUUGUCAUUUCUUCAUAAGCCAAUUUCAUAUAUCACAGGCGACAAAGAAGAUACUCUUUUCAAUUUUUUCCCAGACUAUGCUUUUCACUAAUCCCAUUCCAUUUGUUGAUUUUUCGAUUUCGCAGUCUCGCUUGGUUAUGGCGAAAUAUUGAAGAGCGUCAUUGCCUUUCUUUUGGUACCUAUCUUCUCUGUUCUCCUUUCUUCUUUGUCGAAUAGAUUGAUAGUUUUUUUUAGAUAUUGAUAGAUGGAACCGAUCAUGCUUGCUUUCAGUUCAGUUUCGAAUUUAAUAGCAAUGGUUAAUGCUUUAUGGUGUCUCCAAUAAUGGCUUAUGAUAGACCAGAAACUUAAUUUGCCGGUGUGGAGAUUCUUGUUUUUCUCUUCAUGGUAAAAGCAUCGACUUAUAACCACUACUUCAUUCCUGUGACAUUAUGUUCUUAUAACGAGGGGUUCAUGUCGAAGCUAUAUUGUGGCGAGUCGCUACUGCUGCUUACCACAUCAUAUGUUAGUUUGGAUUACUCUACCUUCCUUUUAAAUGUCAAAACCAUGCAUGAUCCUUCAUCAUUACCAACCCAUUAACAUACCCUUUUUUCUUUUGGUUUCUUUGCAUUUUGCAUAAUAGGCUGGUCUUUACAAUCUCAUGAUCCUUCCAUCUAUUUGACUGAUGUUUUACAAGUAUAUUGUAGUCAUUUAUUCACAUAUUAACCAUUUAAUGACCUGUCAUUCUCAAGCUGAUUGGGUCCUCAUCCACUGAUACCACAACUGCCCUUUUUAGUAGUAUAAGCAAAUUGUGUGUCUCUAUAGCUUCUUAUCAUGGAUCUGUUUGUCGAUCUUCAGAGGCUAAGCAUAUCAGGGUCAUGUAUGAUAGUUAGGAGGAUGAUUGUGCAAUUACUCAGACAAGACCUCUCACUUUUAGCAGCAAAGAUCCUUAAUUAAUUUACUUGAACAAU